AUGCAGCCGUAUACGCCCACGGUGCUCACAGGGUCGGGCGUCACGGGUGCCAAUGGCGCGACGGGAGGCGGCCAUUGGCGCCACUACAGCAACGAUUGUUACGCCGUGUGGAAAAAUCCGGAUUUCGGCGUCGACCCGAAGGCCACGUACGUCGCGCGCGUCCGCCUCGGGAACCAGUCUGGCUGGGGCCCCGACUCGCCCGCCAGCAAGUCGCUGACGCUGGCCUCCCUCCUUCCGACUGCUCCCGCCGCACCACUUCUCGAGGCGGUUGACAAGACGAGCCUGCGAGUGCACUUCUCGCUGCCGCCAGUCCGGCCGGGCGCAUCGGCACAUGGCAACGUGACCGUUCAUGUCAAGGCCGGCGACGGAGCGUGGCAAGCUGUGGACGCCACGUCGUCAACUCCCUUUUCUGCGGAUGGCUCUGGCACGGCCCACCGGGCAGACUCGCGGGUUGCUCUCGUCAAGGGGCUGGUGGAAGGUCUGACCUACCGCGCCAUGGUCAAUGUGAAGAAUGCCUGCGGCUGGGGUGCCUUCUCCCCCGUCAGCGAGCCGCUUACCCUCGGCGCGGCGGCACUCAGGCCGACGGCUCCCGCCGCACCGCUUCUCGAGGCGGUUGACAAGACGAGCCUGCGCGUGCACUUCUCGCCGCCGCCAGUCCGACCGGGCGCACCGGCACAUGAAUCUGUGACGGUUCAUGUCAAGGCCGGCGACGGAGCGUGGCAGGCUGUGGACGCCACGGGCUGGCAGAGGGUCUGA